GAUACCGAUAGGCGACACGUCGAUAUUUAGUGUUACCCUAAUUAAUACUAUCUAGGUGACUGCGAAUAACAAGUAUUCUGCGAUAUCUGGUUAAAAGUUUGAUGUGCAGUUAAGACAAAUCGUUCGGCAUUAAUUCGAUUGUUUGGAUUAUCCGACCAACUUGCCAUACUUAUAUACUUACACUCCUGUACACCCUUGACCAUCAUGUCUUCUGUUAGAACAUCCAUCAUGCAUUCAAACUUCUUUUAAUGUGACAGCCAAACAGAUUCAGUGAUAUUACCAGAGGUUUUUAACAAAUAAAGACUUUAAUUGGAGCAGGUUGCCUGACAAUCUGCAUAUUUGACAAUGGGUGCCACAGGAAGCAGCCUGAGUGAGCUUGGAGAGAAUGAAUGCCUUCAGAGAUUCGUUGGAAAAGAUUCCAUUGACGACACGGAUCCCUUUUGGGAGCAGCUCUUGUCCUUUUCCUUCAACAUCCCACACACGAGUGCCGAUGCGAGGCUCAUAGAAGAAUCGUCACAGAACCUCUGCAAGACACUGGCACAUAGUAACCUCCAUUCUGGUAAUCUUUGUGCAUUAGUCCGUGUGUUCAUCAAAAGAGCAAUGCAGCUUAAAGUCUCAGCACAAAAUGAAGACAGCGGGAUGGCUGAAUUGCAAAAGGACGGCCAUGUCUUCACGUGGCAGACCUACAACGCCCUGUUCAUCAUUCGGCGCAGCCUCAAAUACUUCCUGGAGAUGCUAUCCGAGGGGCGUAUCCUCCAGCAGUUAUCAGUGGUAGUUAGAACUAAACCAUCAUCCACGGUGCUCAAUGUAGAAGAUGUGAUGGAGAACGGAGAAGCAGAUGGAGAUGAGACGCUCCUGGAGAAGUUUAUCCAGACCCUCAUACAACUCCUUAUCGAAGUCCCUGUGCUGAAUUUCACCUAUGUAAUUCACCUAGAGACGAUCAACACCUUGUUGGUCCUUCUAUCAGUUCAGAUGUACAUACCAAGGAUAUCACACAAGAGUCUCAUUACAGAGUAUAUCAUGCAUGGAAAAUGUUCCAAUGAUGCCCAUAUUCUGGUGAAGAUUCUCCUAGAUCAGUUCAUCAAGAGAGAAGAAUGUCCAGCAGAGCUUCUGAGAGAUUCACCCAAACCAGCUAGCUUUCUUUACGGCAUUUCUGCAGCAAUAGCAGCCGGUAUAUGGGCGGUGCUCACACUGGGUUACGGAGGACGAUCAAAGACAGAGGAUCAAGAAGACAGAGCACUCUUAGCCAAUCAGAGUCUCCUCCUCUUGCAAGUCCUGACAAAUCACUACACGCAUGAGAAGGGAAUACACAAUCCGUACAGGAGGGCGCUCUGCUCCUUUGCAAAUUCACAAGACGGUGGAAUUCCGAUUGGACCAUCAGGUUGCCUCCCUCCAUUCAAGCUGAACUCUGCCAACCUGUAUGAAGCAUUCUGUAACCAUCUCAAAGAUGAUCAAAGUACCCUCCUUCUAUACCUCCUCCUGCAUCAGAACAUUAACUUCAGGAACUAUGUCCUGUCAAGAACAAACAUUGACACACUGGUGAUUCCCCUUCUGAAGAUACUGUACAAUGCCCAGGAGAGGAAUUCCCAUCAUAUCUACAUGACUCUUAUCAUCCUUCUCAUCCUCAGUGAAGACGACUCCUUCAAUAAGUGUGUUCAUGAAUUGAUGGUGAAGCAGGUAACCUGGUACACAGAUAGAACCAUAACAGAGAUCACAUUGGGUGGUCUAAUUGUUCUCGUAGUCAUCAGGACCAUACAGUACAACAUGACAAGAAUGAGGGAUAAAUACCUCCAUACAAACUGCUUAGCUGCUCUUGCCAAUAUGUCUUCACAGUUCCAUUCGCUGCAUCCCUAUGUAACGCAGAGGAUAGUAAGUUUGUUUGAGUUACUGAUCAAGAAGCAUGAUAAAAUUGUGGAGCAGCUUAGAGCAUCGUCAGCGGUUGAAGCCAAUGGAGAUCUCACGCAGGAUGCUGCUGUUGAACAUGAUGAUCUGUUAUCAGAUCUGAGCGUUUUAGAAGAAGUCAUUCGUAUGGUGCUAGAAAUCAUCAAUUCAUGUCUAAUCAACAUGCUCCCACACAAUCCUCAUCUAGUCUACACGUUACUCUACAAGCAAGAUCUGUUCACUAGCUUCAAAACACAUCCAAAGUUCCAGGAUAUCAUACAAAAUAUUGACACGGUUCUGACAUACUUCUCAGUGAGGUUGGAAGAGAGUCAAGAGGAGCAUCAUACACCAUCUGUUCAUCAAGUCUUAGAUAUCAUCAAACAAGGCAUGCUGCAAUGGCCUCGAGAUAGAUUGAGGAAAUUUCCUGAGCUGAAGUUCCGGUAUGUAGAGGAGGAUCAGCCUGAAGAGUUCUUCAUCCCAUAUGUGUGGUCCCUAGUCUAUCACUCCUCAAACAUGUAUUGGGAUCCAGACCGUGUAGAACUCUUCUCUAUCAAUGCUACAUGACAUAUCACAGACUUGUCCUAGUCCAGGACUCCGAAAUUUGGGAUCCAGACUGUAGAACUAUUCUCUAUCAAUGCUACAUGACAUAUCCCAGACUUGUUGUAGUCUAGGACUCUGAAAUUUGGGAUCCAGACUGUAGAACUCUUCUCUAUCAAUGCUACAUGACAUAUCACAGACUUGUUGUAGUCUAGGACUCUGAAAUUUGGGAUCCAGACCAUGUAGAACUCUUCUCUAUCAAUGCUACAUGACAUAUCCCAGGCUGGUCUUUGUCUAUCACUCCUAAAACAUGUGCUGGGAUCCAGACCAUGUAGAAUUCUCUAUCAUUGCCACAUGACAUAUCACAGGCAGCUCUUAGUCUGUCAUUUUUCAAACAUGUAUCAGAAUCCUGCGUGUGUGGAACCCAUCUGUAUCAAUGCUACACAACAUAUCCCAGGCUGUUCCUAGUCUAUCCUCAAACACUUAUCAGAAUCCUGUGUCUGUGUAGAACUCUUCUGCAUCAAUGCUACAUAUCAUCCCAGGCUGGUCCUAGUCUAUCAAUCCUGAAGCAUGUUUUGGGAUCCACACCUAGUAGAACUCUUCUCUUUCAAUUCUAGAUGAAAAUAUCCCAGGCUCGUCCUAGAACUAUCAUGCUUGUACCUGUUGGCAUUGGUUCUUGAAGAUCCAUUCCUUGUAGAAUUCUUGUCUAUCAAUGCUACAUGACAUGUCCCAAAUUAUGGCUAGUCCUAGAGUGCUUGCACUUGUUCUUGGUCCAUCACUCUGCAUUUUUUUAGGCUCCACUUAGUGCAGGUGCAGG